ACGACCGGCACUCUGGAUCGUUGAUAUGGGGUGCAUACAAUACGGCUGAAUGUCAACUGUACCUUAACUUCCCUUUGCAACCGUUUCACAGGAAGUGGCACUGCUUAUUGUCUGCUAAACGUACUCGAUCGCCGAGUUGCCAUCACGAAACGGGUUGUUACAUCUUAAAGGUCGAUCAUUCUUCUCCUGGGCUUUUUUCCUAAUGAUCCUGCCUGUAUCCACGCGGAAAUGGCGCCUUGGCUCUUAUAGAACGUGUAUAUAUACGUGUGUAUCGCCAUCGACGUUGGCGUUGACGGUCGGUCCAUGAUUUGAUAAUACGUUAGCCACUUCCACUACAGCUCUCACACGCAAUGCCAUGCAAUUGAGGGAUAAUUUACACUUUCUUUAGGGUUUAUAUAUAUAUGAUGGAUCUGUGCAACAAUUUCUUUUUACAGCUGACGUCCGAAGGAAACGACCUGUAAGCAGUGUUGAUGUCGGUGUAAAAGACAUCAAAAUUAUCCUUCCCACCAAGUGAUGAGUGAAUAACGUUUAGCAAAGGAUCAACGCAGGGCUCUCGUCUUAGUUGCAAUUCCAUUCGGAGACGAUUUCCCAGUUGGCUAAACGUGUGCGUACUGCGUACUAUUGCAGCCGACGUAUAUAUAUGCCUGUGCGCGCAUUCCUUGUUUGCAUUCUGGAUUCGCUUAAUCCCAAUAUUUGUGCCACUGUUUUGUCUGUGCAAAACAGAAUAAUCCUUUGCGAUUUUUACUCAAUUGGUACAUGCUUGGGAUGUUCUUUGCGGGAACUAUGUGAAUUUGAUACUUAUAUGAUCUAAGCAACUAGCAAUAUUGGUUGCAAUCGAUCCGGAUUUUGAUUUGAGCAAGAAAAAAGCUGUCAUUCCGAUACCGGUGCCUCAACGCCAUUACAUCGAAUCAAGAUAUCGCCGUUUCCGAUUUCCGGACUAGUAUUACCGUAUGAAUCAUGCAGUGGAGGGAACUACUAGAAAAAUUAGCGGCACUCGUGGGUGAAAACCGGAAGUUUAUCCUGUUUAUUGUGUUUGUGGCAUUACUAUUGGACAAUAUGCUAUUGACGACGGUUGUGCCCAUUAUACCAGAGUAUCUAUACCAACUGGAUAAUCCUCGGCACGCAGCCGGAAAUUUUAGUCGUGGUAGAACCACUCUGGGACCAGAACGGACCACCCUGACGACGGUGCCCAUUUGGGCGGAAAGUGAACUGUCGAAUGGUGACGAGGACGAAGAUUUCCUGACCACAACUCUGCUACCUUCCACUCGCAGGCGCCUUAAAACAAAAUCCACAGCCGCCACAACACCGGGCACAACAAAUGCUACCACUCUGUCGCCGGAAGAUGCUGAGCUGCAGCAUGAGGAACUGGUGGAAGUCAAUGUGCGAGUGGGUGUUAUGUUUGCUUCCAAAGCCAUUAUGCAGCUGAUUGCUAAUCCAUUUGUGGGACUUCUCACUAACAGGAUCGGAUACAGUAUUCCUAUGUUCACCGGCUUUGUCGUCAUGUUCGUAUCCACUAUAAUUUUUGCUUUUGGGGGAAGUUAUGCAGUACUUUUCAUGGCGCGGUCCAUACAAGGAAUUGGGUCUGCGUGUUCCAGUGUUUCGGGAAUGGGCAUGAUUGCCGAGCGCUUUCCGGAAGACCGUGAGCGUGGCAAUGCCAUGGCCGUCGCACUGGGUGGUUUGGCGAUGGGCGUGCUAAUUGGACCGCCGUACGGUGGUGUCCUGUAUGAUUUUGUUGGAAAAAGCGCGCCGUUUCUGAUUCUAGCUUUCCUGGCGCUAUUUGAUGGUCUUUUGCAACUUGUUGUGCUCAAACCGGCCAUUAUUCCGGCAAAGGAAGAUCCGACAUCCUUCAAAACACUCCUGAAAGAUCCCUACAUUCUCAUUGCGGCGGGCUCCAUUACAUUUGCCAAUAUGGGCAUUGCUAUGCUGGAGCCGUCGUUACCUAUUUGGAUGCGGGAGACGAUGCGGGCUCCAACAUGGCAGACCGGAACGGCGUUUCUACCAGCCAGUAUUUCCUAUCUGUUGGGCACGAAUCUCUUUGGUCCUCUCGGACACCGGAUGGGGCGGUGGUUGGCUGCUAUGGUUGGAAUGAUUGUUGUUGGGUUUUGCCUAUUAGCGAUUCCUUCCGCCAGGACAGUGAAUCAUUUAAUUGUACCCAAUGCCGGUAUCGGGUUUGCUAUCGGCAUGGUGGACUCCUCGAUGAUGCCCAUUAUGGGAUAUCUUGUUGACAUACGGCAUACAGCCGUAUACGGCAAUGUAUACGCCAUUACUGAUGUUGCAUUUUGCUUGGGUUUUGCUAUUGGUCCUGCUCUGAGUGGUUCGAUAGUGAAAAAUGCUGGCUUCCCGGCAAUGAUGUACGGAAUCGGAAUAGUUUGUCUGCUUUAUGCUCCACUGUUGUUUAAGUUACGCAAUCCCCCAGGAGGCGAAGAGCGACAGUCGUUAAUCCCUAAUGACGAUUGCACGGUAAAUUAUUCAAAAUACACGGAUCUGGUUGAUGAUUACGACGGAACGGAAGAUGGAGCGGUAGCCGGCACCGGCAUGCUCCAUCAACCAAGCUUCCCAUCGGGAUAUUAUCCCAAUCAAACCACUUACAAGCAUAUCAACCAGAACGGACGGGAUGCCGGCUAUUCGCACUGAACCGGCUGAGCCUGACUGGAAACAACACGUACUACGUCAGCGGUAACAUGGCUUGACUGACGACCAUGGGUGAGGAAUAACUGUGGGUGCACCAAAAAAAGAGCGUAACUGAAAUAUCAUUUCUUGAUCUCUUAAUCGUAUUCGAAUUCAAAAAGUGAACCUACUGUGAAGUUUAAGUAGGCUUCCAAAACUGCAAACCAAAUCAGUCAUAAUUUUAUCCGUGAUAAACCCGGUCUGCUUGUUGUGACAAUGGUCUUCUAUGCGUUUUUGAAUGUAAGUACUUUUUCAAAUAGAUUUAAUUAUUUUAUUAGUCCAUGAUGAGUGAAUGUACUGAAUAGUGAAUACUAAUCCAGAGAGCGGGCAAUGUUUGCGCUUUUAGGAGAAGUAUAGACUAGAUUAUCGUAAUAAUAAUGUUAUGGAAAUAUGUAGACAAAUCAAAAAUA